AAGACGCUAUAGUCAGUUUCAAGAUGGCUGUGAAAUUUGGGGCGACAUUUCGAUUUACUAUUGUAGACUGCUCGAUAGGAAAGCAUGAUACUGUGGCCUUAGCAAACGACCUUAAGCGACUGAACCCCAUGUUUAUAAUCUUCCUUGAAGGAGAGGAAACGAGACGUCAAUCAGUGUUCAGUCUAUGCAGUUAUUGGUUUCAAUGCAGUGUGUGCACAACAAGUUGUACUCCGUUUAUCCGGGAAUAUGUGGUUAUUUUGCUGAAACCAACCAUGAAUGCUGAUGACAUUAUUAAAAUCUGUCUACCUAUAUUCAUUGGACUUAGUGUACGUUCUGCGAUUAGCCUACAUUCAUAUUCCGGGGAAGGUAAACCGCCUAUGUAUGGUGAUUAUGAAGCACAACGUCAUUGGAUGGAAAUCACUUUUAACUUACCUCCUACUGAAUGGUAUACAAAUACAACGGAGAAUGACUUGAACUAUUGGGGUCUGGAUUAUCCGCCUCUUACUGCCUAUCAUAGUUGGUUUAUGGGUAAACUGGCCAGUCUAAUAAACAGUGAAUGGGUUCAACUGUAUACAUCAAGAGGAUAUGAAUCUAAAGAGCAUAAACUUUUUAUGCGAUAUACUGUAUUCAUUGCUGACUUGUUGAUUUUUAUACCAUUUGUAAUCGUGUAUUUCUAUUCUGUGUUGCCUAGACUUGUAAACACUGAUGUCAAUAGACUGAAACAAAUCAGUGGGUUUUACGCUGCAUGUUUAAUGCUAACUUAUCCUGGUAUUAUCCUAAUAGAUCAUGGACAUUUUCAGUAUAAUUGUAUCAGUCUUGGUUUAUAUUUGGCUAGUGUAAACUGUUUACUUUUACACUGGGAUAUAUUUGCUUCGAUAUUAUUUUGUUUAGCUUUGUGUUAUAAACAAAUGGAAUUGUAUCAUUCCUUGCCAAUAUUUUUCUACCUGCUAAGCGUUUGUCUACAUAAAAGCACAUUACGUGAUAGUAUAAUACACUUCAUCAAGUUAGGGCUAACUGUCCUCUUGACUAUAUCAUUCGUGUUUACACCAUUUCUGUUAACAAAUAAUGCAAAGGGCACUGUAUAUCAAGUAGUGAAACGUUUAUUUCCGCUGGAUCGUGGUAUUUAUGAGGAUAAAGUGUCAAACUUUUGGUGUGCUACAUCACCAUUAGUGAAAUGGCGUUCACUGUUCCCUCCCUCCUCAUUGUCAUCAUCAUCUUCUCCGUCUUAUGAACUUGUCUUAAUUAGUAUUUUACUUGUAUCAAUCACAUGUCUUCCACCAUGCUGUUUAAUUUUAUUAAAGAAAUCAAAUCAACAGAAAAAGUUUUUAACCUCUUUAGUGAUAUGUUCAUUAGGCUUUUAUUUAUUUUCAUUUCAAGUUCAUGAAAAAUCUAUUCUACUUGUUUCUAUUCCAGUGCUAUGCUUACUUCCAAUCUAUCCAAUAUCAUCUUUUCUAUUUACUUUAUGCUCUGUAUUAAGUAUGUGGCCAUUAUUGAAAAAAGAUCAAUUAAGACUGGCUAGUUUAUCACUGUUUUGUAUUUAUUCUAUUCUUGGAUGUUUCAUUGUGUUUAGAAAUAAUAACAGUAGUAGUGAUAAUAAUAAUAAUCAUGGGAAGCAUAAUACGGAUAAAACAUUGCAAAAAACCAGUAGUUCUGAUAGUAGUAGUAGUAGUAAAAAUGUCUUCACUAUUCGCUUAUUUCGGUAUUCUUCUUGGUUAUAGUAUUUUAAUCUUUGGUGAUAUGUUUAUUACACCGCCUCAAGCAUAUCCAGAUCUGUUUCCAUUGUUGUUUUCAAUAUAUUCAUUUGCUUUGUUCUUCUUAUUUCUUUUGUAUUGGCAAUGGAAAGUUAUUUUUGACUAAUUUGAACUACUAGCUGUUUGGUUAUUUAUUUAUUUAUGUAUUUUUUUUGUAUUACUGAAAGGGAAUAAAUUAAUUUCAUUGUGGGA